UUUGAGGGUGCAUCUUUUUGUGAUCAUUUUCUUUUGUACACUAAUGCGGAGGAUUAGAGUGCUUGGAAGCCAAGUUUGCUAAUCCAGAUAGAAGUCCCAUCACAAUUUCCGAUCGUCCCCGACUCUGAAUAGCAGAGCCCAACCCUAUCCAAAGAAGCCAGUCUCUUUUGCUCAUCUUUAAUUUCCUCCCCACCUGUCAUUUAACAUCCCAAUUGGCAGUUCCUUGGCAGCCUCUUUCGCAUUUUAUUUCGGAAAGUAUUAAUGUUGAAGACUCUGGAGCCACCUUGGUCAAGAAAACGGUUGGAAGAUUCAUCACUUGGCUGAUCCCCUCCACAGCCUAUUCCCUUGCUGUAAAGAUAUAUAACCACCACCCCUUCAAAGAGCUCCAAGCUCGAUUUAACUCCACCCCACCAAGGCUCGCUUCCUUUGCUCCAAGAUGGAACUAAUGCUUCAAGCCUUCUGGUCCGAGAUUACCAACAACCUCCGGAUCUCCGACGUGGCUGUGGUGGCGCUCGCUCUCUUCGUCCUCAGUGCCACCGCCCGGCGGCUGACGGAGAAGGGCCCCAUGAUGUGGCCGGUUCUGGGCGCGAUCCCGACUCUCUUCUUUCACCUCAGCAACGUCUACGACUGGGCCACCGACGCCAUCGCCCGGGCCGGCGGCACCUUCCCGUACCGCGGCAUGUGGUUCGGCGGUGCCCAUGGCGUCAUUACUGUCGAGCCGGCCAACAUUGAGUACAUGCUCAAGAUUCGGUUCUCCAACUUCCCCAAGGGCCGGUACUACCGCGAGCGCUUCGGCGACUUCCUCGGCGAUGGCAUCUUCAAUGCCGACGACCAGGGGUGGCGAGCCCAGCGGCGCGCCGCCACCGCUGAGAUGCAUUCCGGCCGCUUCGCCGAAUACUCGGCGGAGACCGUGCGAGAGCUCGUCAACCGCAGGCUGCUCGUGCUGCUCGACAGGCUGUCGGCGGCCGGGCAGAGCGUGGACCUCCAGGACGUGUUCCUCCGGUUCACCUUCGACAACAUCUGCACCGCUGCUUUUGGGGUCGACCCCGGCUGCCUCGCCGUCGACCUGCCGGUGAUCCCCUUCGCCAAGGCUUUCGAGCAGGCGACGGAGCUCACGCUGUUCCGGUUCAUCGUGCCGCCGUUCGUGUGGAAGAUAAUGAAGCAUCUCGACGUCGGCUCCGAGAAGCGGCUCAAGGUGGCUAUCCGAACAGUCCACACGUUUGCCGAGAAGACCGUGUCGGACCGGCGAGCUGAACUCCGAAAGCUCAAAGGAUUGGAUAAGCGGUCCGAUCUCCUGUCGAGACUAAUGGAGGCCGGAGUCAAGGAGGGUGGUCAUGGCGGCAUGGAGUGCAAUUUCUCGGAUAAGCUUCUCAAAGACUUCUGCAUCAGUUUCAUACUCGCUGGCCGGGACACCAGCUCGGUUGCACUGGCCUGGUUCUUCUGGCUUCUGCACCAACACCCUCAGGUGGAGGAACGGAUUCUCGAUGAGAUAUCAGAGACCAUCAAAAGGCGGCAAGACGAAGUUUGCCGCCCGGACGACAACAUCGUCUUCACGGUCGAAGAGCUUAAAAGAAUGGAGUACCUCCAAGCAGCGUUGUCGGAGUCCCUUCGACUGUAUCCGUCGGUGCCGCUCGACUUCAAAGAAGUGCUCGAGGACGACAUUCUCCCCGAUGGGAGCGUAGUCAAGAAGGGGGCAAGGGUGUUCUACUCGAUAUACUCGAUGGCGAGGAUGGAGCGGAUAUGGGGGAAGGACUGCAGGGAAUUCCGGCCAGAGAGGUGGAUAAAGGAUGGCAUACUCGUCACCGAGAGCCAGUUCAAGUAUACGGUGUUCAACGCCGGGCCGAGGCUGUGCGUCGGGAAGAAGUUCGCCUACAUGCAGAUGAAGAUGGUGGCGGCGUCGAUACUACUGAGGUACCGCGUGGAGGUGGUGGAGGGACAGGAGGUGAAGCCCAAGCUGACCACCACCUUGUACAUGAAGAAUGGGCUCCGGGUUACCUUUAGCAGGAGAGAGGGGUUGGCCACCCUGCAGUGAGUGGUGUGCAGAAAAAAUUAUAAUAGCAAUAUCCAAAAAAUUCUGCAACUAUGUAGAAAAACUUAGCAUUCGUCGUCUAGAAUGAUUUGAAGAUA